UAUGCGCUCUGAAUCCGGGGACUUUUAUUAUGCACAACUCUCUGGCGCUGGUUUCCGGUUUCUCAGACACAGCAGCAGCAGCAUGGGACCAGGAGCGAAGAUAAACAGACCCAAAACCGAGCUGGCCAAGAAGCUGUUCAAGAGACGCAGGGUUCUGAGUCUGGAGAAGAGAAGGAAGAAGCGGAUCGUGGGAGCCGUGAUCGACCGGGACAUCAUCACCAAACACCAUCUGAAGAAGAGGAGCUCCAGCUCCAGAGCCAACAUCACGCUCUCGGGGAAGAAGCGGAGGAAGCUGAUCAAGCAGCUGGCGCACAUGGAGCGGGAGAAGAAGUUCGCAGCGGAAGAGACGCAGAAGAAGCCCCCGGCUCCCAAGAAACCCAGGAGAGCAGCGAAGAAGCACACAGAGAUGAUGGACGUGGAAUAGAGCGGAUCACAGACACUUCAACUCCUGUACAGCUGUCGCUAUACGUGUGUGUGUG